AUGAGUGAGCCGAAGCGUUUGCUGGAGGUGGCCAAGCAGCUUCGCCUCCUCCUGGUCGCAGGAGAAUGUCUGAGCAGGGUGGAAGUAGUCAAGCUGGCCGUUGAAUUCGCGCAGAUCGCCCAACGAUACCUGGUUGCUGAUUUCCCUGCCUCGAUUGAGAAGGUGGAAAAUGACGAAUUCAGGGUCGUGGAAUUCAUAAUCGGCAGGAAGGCCGAUUGCAGCUCACCUGGCGAUCUGAGCGGCUGGGAAUCCAAGGACGAGAAAACAAAGGUCGAUAUGCUGGAGUGGUGUCUGCUGGAAGUCGGCAUCUUGAGCAACAUCAACGCCAAGUACUGGACGGUGGUCCGCGGAGCCGAGCUGCAGCUGCUGGGCAACGCCUUUCUCGGCAAAGUCAAGGACGAAGGGGAGUGCAGAUGCGGGACAUGUGGCGCCACCGAUGAGCACGAGAUUUGGCUGAGGCGCGUCGAUGGCACAACCUCUUGA